AUGAUGUUAAACUUAUCCCGAAGACGAUUACCUCAAACAUUAACGGUAUCGUCGGUAAGAACGGUAAUAUGCGGUUCCUCUAUCAACGAUAGAAAACUACAUCAGUUGGUCAAGAGUGGUCGUGGUGGCCGCUCUUCCUACUCUGGUAUUCUAGCUACUGUAUUUGGUGGCACUGGAUUUACAGGACGAUAUGUUAUUAACAGAUUAGGACGAGUUGGAACUCAAAUUAUGGUUCCUUACCGUUGUGAUGAACACGAUAUUAGGCAUAUAAGACUGAUGGGUGAUUUGGGCCAAAUUAUGUUUCGGCCUUUCAGUUUGAGAGACACCGAUGCAGUUUCUGAAUUAGUGAAGCAUUCUAAUGUCGUGAUUAACCUAAUUGGACAAGACUGGGAAACAAGGAAUUAUACAUAUGAGGACGCAAAUGUGGAAGGAGCUCGUGCGAUUGCCCGUGCAUGUCGAGAUCAUGGUGUUGAGCGUUUAAUACAUGUUUCAGCUUUAAAUGUUGAUAAGAACUCUAAAUCACAUUGGCUCAGAUCAAAGGCUGCCGGUGAGGAAGCUGUAUUGGAAGAGUUUCCUGAUGCUACUAUAGUUAGGCCCUCUGAUAUAUAUGGCCAGGAGGAUAGAUUUUUUAAUUACUAUGCCGAGUUAAGAAUGCUGCCGUUUGGAGUGCCAUUGCUAGAUGGAGGUCUAAAAGCUACUAAAAUACCUUUAUAUGUUGCUGACUUUGCUAAAGCUAUUGCCAAAAUGACCGUAGACGAUACAACCGCUGGAAGAAUUUAUGAGUUGUACGGGCCUCAUGAAUAUCUAUUAUACGAUUUGGUGGGAACUAUUUUCAGUGCUUUUCUAAGUGUAAUGGAAACUGUUGGCUACAUUCCAUGGUUAACACGAGACAAGCUCAUACGGCAAAAUCUAUCAGAUCGAGUCACUCCUGAAUUACCUGGCCUGGAAGAUUUGGGUAUCGAAAAGACGACUAUCGAUAAAAUUGCAACAUUUGUCCUUAGGCGUCAUGUUGGAGUCUCUGGUGCAGACAUUGAUUGGGAUCUAGUGAGAAAGUUAAAUACACAAUCCAGGACAUAAUGGAAUCGUACCUUCCGCUAGAACGUUAUAAGCUUGUUUAUUGUUAUAUCAUUUAUAUACAAUGUGUCGUAACGUGUGCACCAUUGUAGACGAUAUAUAUACGACAAAAACAAUAUCAAUGCUAUGAAAAUUUGCAAUUUUCAAGUGUACCUAGUAUACAUAAACUUUCUUUGCUUUAUCAUAUAUUAAACGUAAUGUAAACAGCAAUAAAAGAAUACAGCAAUUGCUAAAGA